AGAGAAAGUUGAAGGCCCUUUAAAAAAACAUUUUUUAGGCAUACAGCAGUACUCUUGCCUUCCAUGAAACAGCUCGGACCAAGGAUGCUUUACAAUAUCUCCAAGAGUUCAUUAGAGAAAAGAGCAAUAAAGCUGUCACCACGAACACAGAAAAAAUGCUCAUCAAAACGUUUCAAGACAAGCAACACAAACUGGAGAGAAUCUCAAUGAGUCCUAAAUCACUAAAUCCAGCACUGGUUAAGCUUCAGAACAUGAUAGAAAGAGACAUAGUGACAUGUCAUACCAAUGAGAAUGGUGAUUCAUUCCGAGCUAUCCUCUUCACUCCGACAAUCACAUCUACAUGGGCUCUCAGAAGUUGGGUCAUGGAGACAGAUUCCCUCAAAGAUCUUAAUCCAGAGGUGUUGGUUGGCUGUAGAAACCCAGGCAUGAACUUACGUCACCAGAUAGAUGUCCUGGACUACUUUCGCAACGGUGUACACAAGCUGCUCAUUGCAACCUCGGUUCUACAACAAGGCAUUGAUGUCCAAGCAUGCAACUUUGUAUACAGGUACAACUACAUCACUGAUGCUGUUGCACGUAUUCAAGCCAGAGGUCGAACGCGUAAACCAGGAGGUCGUUUUGAUCUGGUAGUCCAUGAUUACAGAGGACUGGAUGGGAAAGACAAACUUAGUAAGGAACAGGAACUGAUCAUGCAACAAGCUACUGAUACAGUUUCAUCACUUUCUAUUGAGCAGAUGGAACGUGGGACUGCUGUAUACCAGCGACAUCGCAAUGUACAGAUCUUCAACCAACAGCGACCCAAACCAUUCGAUGAGUGCAACCACAGUUACCAUUGUAAGGAUUGUGAUGCUCUAGUUUGCCAUUCAGCUGAUAUCAGGAUUGUAUCUGGUGGUCACUAUGUGGUCAACAAUUUUCAGAUCUUCAGCAAGAUCAGGAUUAUUCCUUCAGGAGGAAAAUGUCAAGAACCAGGACACUGGUCAUCCGUUCAACAUACCAAUACAGAAAUCAGAUGUGCGGAUGACCGAUGUGACACCAAGCUUGGUAGAUUUAUAGAGUGCAGCAAUCGGACUCGGAUGCUACUUGCAUUUUCCAUCAAGUCAUUAAGACUCAGAAACACAGCAAGCACGACCAAGACCUACAGGACUUGGGGCUCAUUGCCAUUCGUCUUCCAUAAAGUACCAUUCGAAGAGGGUAGCUUUGGAUUAAAUGACAUCCCUGGCAUUGUGGCAUAGUGUGAGUUAAUCUAUCGAGAGGAGGGGCGGAGGGCAUUCUCACUCGGAAAUAAAUUGUGAAUUUACAAGGCUACUUAUUUAGAAGGUCUGUUUUUUUUUUUGAGGAAUCGUCUAUGGGGGUACAUGUGCCCCAUGCCUCCUGUAGAUAUGCCAUUGCCCUGGAAUUUAAAGAUUUAUGACAUCUUAAAUGGUGUUCUAGAAGAGAACUGAUAAACCUGAGUGAUAUUUUCCCCCUAUUUUGUACAGUAGUUCCUUUGGUAGUUACGAAUUUUUUUAAUGUAAUUAUUCAUUAUUCUAAAGUUUCAUUUGGAGGGGUCCAGACUCCACAAUUGUACAAUCAUUGCUUUU